AUUGCUCCUUGGUAAUUCUAUAGUAUUCGCUUUUGCUCAAGGGAUAAUAAUUCAUGGUCCUGAGAGCAAAACUGUCUUCUUAAACCAGACAGCUGUGUUUACAUGUGAGGUAGAUACUUCUCACUCUGAAUGGAUAUUUAAUGGAACACUACGGUACAACUUUCCUCGUGGUGAUCUGGUCCUGGCCUUGUGGAAUUACACUGCUGCGGGUACUGUGAUGGAACUGAGUAUCAUAGCAAGAGCUGAGUACAAUGGAACUAUAGUUGAAUGUUUUGCAGCAUCAGUGUUUACUGACCCAAUAUUUUAUGAGACUAAGAUUGCCACAUUAAAUAUUCAAGGUAUAUUGUUAGCAGUAUCCAAUAAUAUGGAAGUUACAUAUGGUGCUACCUCAGUUAUCAUCUCGUGGACACCUCCAUUCUCUCUGGAUGUGACUGAUGUUGAUCCUGAUAUCUGGUACUCUGUCCUCAUCUACAAUGUGACAGAUGAGAACAACCCAACAGCCCUCCUCUGUACUGACUGUAUCAAUAUCACUGAGACAAAUUGUACCUUCACUCCUGACUACCUUAGCCCCUGUCAUGUCUACCUCUUCUCUGUUAUCCCAUUCAAUGGAGCUGGCCAGGGAGAGAGUAGCCAUAAAUGUCACUGUCAGGAGAUGUGGAAACAAAUAUGUAGAUACAUUCUCCAUGGAGUGAAUGGACUUGAUAAUGAGGCUGUACAUUUCAAUCUCUCAAAUUUGGGGGUUGAGAGACUUUUAGUCUACACACUGCCUGAAAAUGAGUAUUUUUCCGUCUUUUUCGAAGUGUUUACCACUGCUGGGGCAAUGAAUACAUCUUUUAACAACUUUUCAACAUAUGAUGUCCAGAGUCUGUCAAUGGAAGAGGAAAGAGGAGGAGGAGUGUUAGUGAGAGGAGAGUUUGUGAGUGGGUCACGAGCUGCAGGAUGUCUGGUAGUCCUCCAGGGACCCCCUACCUUUCCUGACAUAUUCAGAGCUCUUCUUAGAACCCAUUCCCAGGAUAAUGUCUCCACCACUGUGCCUGUCCCUCCCUCCACCUACACUGUGUAUGGAUAUGAUGUGGAGGAGAAUGACCUUCCAUACACAGUGCCUGCUGUUGUACUGGAGAAUCAGACCAUAAUGGAGUCAGGGAUGGAUGUGAUGAGGUCACCAAACACCUCCCAAAUACUCAAGAGUGGCAACAUAUCAAGAAACGGGUCAACUGUUGUGAUAGACUGUCAAUUCUCAGAGGUGUCUCCACAGACUGCCUCGUGUGUCCUUGUCUACAGAGAGUAUGGGACGGCCCUCCUGACAGUGGUAGACAUGCCCCACCUCCUACAUUUCCCUGUCUCUCUGGCUGUCCACUCUCCUGAGAACUACACAUUUGCCUUGUUUGGAAAACACCCUGUGACUGGAAUGGAGGAACAGCCUCUCCUCACUUUCAAGCUCAGUGAUGUAACAGAUAAAGAGGAGGAAACAGUGAAUGGAGAUAGGAAUGACGAUAAGGAGGAUACAGUGAACAAUGAAAGGAAUGAUGAAAAGGAGGAAACAGUGACUGGAAAAAGCAAUGUGGAAAAUUCCAAAACAGAAGUUGUUGUCAUAUCAACUGGCACUGCAGUAGUGGGAUGUGUUCUAGGAUGUGGCUCAGCUGUGUUAGUCAUGGUGGUGGUAAAACAUCUUCACAGAAGAAGCAAGUCCAGAAAUGCAACCAAUACAGGGACAGCUCAUCAGAUGAGAACCAUGCCAGUGUAUGACGAGGUUGUUCUUCCACCGACCACCUCCUCUUCUGUCAUUCCAACUGAACCAAACACAGCCUAUGUCACCACCACAAUGUCUCGGAAUAUCACAACUGACCAUAAUGUGGCUUAUGCUGCUCCUUUAUAAGAACGUGAUUGUUUUUUCAAAAUAAUGUUUGCAGUAAGUUUCACUAAGGGUAUAUAUAGAAAGGGGCCAUAAUAUUCUUGUAGUCCGAAGCUUACAAUAUCAAAAGCAAUUACUAACUA